AUGACGAAAUUAGCUUGUUGCUUCAGAGUUCGUCUAUUCAUGGCCCGGCUUGAGCCGGCUUUCACGGCUCGUUGGGACGACAACCAUCAUUGCUGGGCUCUAUACGAACUAUCUGGCAGUCAAGAGGGGCCGAACCAGUGGCUCUGCCUAGUAGAGCGCCCGCAACACAGCCAGACACGUUGUUCUGGCUGCGGACGGAGUAUUCUGGCGUUUAACCACAGAAUCGGCCACCCUAUAAGGGACCAUUACUCUGGUAAUGGUGUCCGUACUAUCUACCACCAUGAGCAUUGCCUGCCAAGCACCAUUUUCAAGGCGCUACCGAAGCUGGGCGAGGCUUGUCGGGCCAGAUCCCGUCGCACGCUCAUCUUGUGGCUAUCUGCACACAUGCAGGGCUAUAAUGCACUUGAAGAGAGAGAGCGAGACCGAGUGGCCGACGGCUUCGUUGCUUCUUUCGCUUACGAGUCCGCAGCCGAGGCUGAGGAGCGAAUGAGGCCUCUGUCGAAGCAUUCGUCUUCUACAGCUCGCCAGGGCGCUGUUGGAUGCAACGGAAGAAUGGGUCGCGAGGAAACGAGGACUGCUGAGAGAAGGCGCGGAGUCAAGCUCGGAAGGCGCCCGCAUAAUGUGUCAUCUUCUAUUUUGCCACCCGAAGUUGGUGCCACAGCCCCUCCCAAGAAGAUACGAAUCAGUUCACCGCGGCCGGCUGGACAGUCGAGUGCUAUUGGUAGUGCCGUCGCCAGUCGAGAUAGUGCUGUCAGUGGGCAGACGAGGUCUUCGAGUGAGAAACGUCCUGCACAUGAGAAUGAGCCCAUCUCAAGUCAUCCUGCUGAGGCUACGGUAUCUCCGUCAGUGGUGAUUGAUCUUGAAGCUGACGUUGCCUCUGAGCCGAUCCAAUGUCUAGCAGAAUGUUUUUCUCGAGCUGUGAAGUCCGAGAGUGGUGGGGUUGCCAAGGUAGAGGAAGCGUUGGACUGCGGAAUGGCACCGUUUGGUGUGAAUGGUGCGGACAAGAAGAGUCAACCCGGCAUGGAGAUAAACCGAGUAUUUUCUGGUGGUGUUCGAGCUCUCCCACCGGAGAACGUUGUAUUGGCGGAGGCACGAGUGACAAACCCUGUGGCGGAGGCAGCGGGAUCUGAUCAAGCAACACAGACUGAGGAGAACACGGUAGACAUUUGGGGCCAAGACAGUCGCUAUAUAUUGGAACCGCCUUGUGGCCGUGAAGUAAGAUGGUCGGCAGGCUCAUGGGUGGCUCAUCCAGCAUCCGAGGAUCGCUAUCCCUAUUAUAUCCGAAGGGGAAUAUCUCCUCCACCUAUCGCUCGAUCUAUUCCUGGGAGUCACUUUCAAGUUGGGAACGGCGGGUGGUACACGUCUGGAGAAUCUGACCCUCGAGGAAGCUCCCGGCCAUCAUCGUACGCAUCCAGAGAUCUUUAUGGCUCUCGGUGGUGACUCAACGCCAAUUUUGGCAUCCAUGCCGGAGAUGUGAUGAAGAUUAGAG